AUGCCUCUAAUACCAAUCACCACCAAUGGAUCUCCAUCAUAUCGUGAACCCUAUCUGCGCAGACUAGCCCACCUGGAUGAGGGUCUCUAUAAUGACUUCUAUAGCCUGUGGAUUGCUCUGGUGGUGGUUAAUACACUAAUAUUUAUAGUGGGCAUGGCUCUUAACAGCCUAGCUUUGUAUAUAUUCUGUUUCCGUACAAAUCCCAGGACCACAUCAGUUAUUUAUACUAUUAACCUUGCAAUCACGGAUCUUCUGGUGAACCUGUCACUUCCCACCCGCAUCAUACUGUAUUACAGCGGAGGCAGGUGCUUGAACUGUUCCUACAUCCAUUUAUUUAGCUACUUUGUCAACAUGUACUGCAGCAUCCUCUUCCUCACGAGCAUCUGUGUGGACCGUUAUCUCGCCAUCGUACAGGUGGAGACCUCGCACAAGUGGCGCAAUCGCAAUGUAGCUAAAGUGGUUUGCAUCUGCAUCUGGCUGUUUGCCACUGUUGUCACUUACUCUUUCCUCACAACAGCCUUCAAACUUUCAGCCUGCUGCGUGUCCAAGCUUUUCGCAUUGACAGUAUUUGAGUUCUUCCUGCCCUUGUUGAUCAUUGUAGUGUUUACGAUCAGGAUUAUGUGUGCACUGUCCAGACCAGGCCUCAUGCAACAAAGCAGGGAGAGACGCAUGAAGGCUGUGCAGCUACUCAUUACUGUACUGGUGAUCUUCACCAUCUGCUUCACACCUUUUCAUGUUUGCCAAGUCCUAGUCUACUUCCACCCUGACCUGCCCUAUCAUGUGAUUGUCUAUCAUGUAACGGUCACACUCAGCAGUCUUAAUAGCUGCCUGGAUCCUGUCGUUUACUGUUUCGUCACCACCAACUUCCAGUCUACUAUGAAGAGGUUAUUACGGAAGACGAAGGAAGAGCAGACCAGUGGUGACAUCAUUAGCAUGCACAAAAGCUCCAAAUGCUCAGGCACUAUUUUUGCUAUCACUAACAGCAUGAUCAUGAUUAAUAUGAAUUCUACUGCCAAGGAAGGUGACAGAUGA